UCUCUCACAUGGCAUGGUUGAAUUUGACAAUUGACAUUUGAGUAAAGGAAAAAUCGAGAUUUGGUUAGAGGCGACUAAAUAGUUUCCUUUUUGCUGUAAAUUUUUCAAAAAUGGCACUCCGAGCUACUGCAGUUCGUUUUGCAAACAUGAAACAAUGGGCUUAUAAUUUGUCAGGAUUUAACAAAUAUGGCCUAAUGCGCGAUGAUUGCCUGUAUGAAACCGAAGACGUUACGGAGGCUCUUCGCCGCAUCCCUGAGCACGUAGUGGAUGAGCGCAACUUCCGCCUCGUCCGUGCCAUGCAGCUCUCACUGCAGAAGAUCGUCCUGCCCAAGGAGGAGUGGACCAAGCUCGAGAAUGAUGUGUUGUACCUCACCCCCGUUGUCAAGCAGGUCGAGAAGGAACGCAAGGAGAGGGAGGCAUGGGAAGCCAACUAUUAAUGAUGUAUGUUGUAUAAUUUAUUUUAAAUAAAAUUAGGUAAUUGUA